GCGACAAGGGGGUGGGUUCAAGGCCCGGCGCUCUCUUUCCCGAGGGUGGGGCCAGGGCAAGUGUCAGUCAGGUCUGGAGCGCGGCUGGGGACAGCGAAGACCGAGGCACCAGACAGGGGACCUGGGCUGCUGCGUGUUGUCAGCCCAAGAUGGAGUUCCUCCUGGGGAACCCGUUCAGCACCCCAGUGGGGCAGUGCCUUGAAAAGGCAACAGAUGGCUCCUUGCAAAGUGAAGACUGGACAUUGAACAUGGAGAUCUGCGACAUCAUCAAUGAGACGGAGGAAGGGCCAAAGGAUGCCAUCCGAGCCCUGAAGAAGCGGCUCAACGGGAACCGGAACUACAGAGAAGUGAUGCUGGCGUUAACAGUGCUGGAGACAUGUGUGAAGAACUGUGGCCACCGCUUCCACAUCCUUGUAGCCAACAGAGACUUCAUUGACAGUGUUCUCGUCAAAAUCAUCUCUCCCAAGAACAACCCUCCCACCAUCGUACAGGACAAAGUGCUCGCUCUGAUCCAGGCCUGGGCUGAUGCCUUUCGAAGCAGCCCUGACCUCACUGGUGUCGUCCACAUAUAUGAGGAGCUGAAGAGGAGAGGGGUUGAAUUCCCCAUGGCAGACUUGGAUGCUCUGUCUCCCAUACAUACACCGCAGCGGAGCGUCCCUGAAGUGGAUCCAGCCGCGACCAUGCCCAGGUCCCAGUCACAGCAGAGGACGAGUGCCAGCUCCUAUUCCUCGCCUCCUCCUGCUCCGUACUCUGCUCCACAGGCCCCAGCGCUCAGUGUGACUGGCCCCAUCACAGCCAAUUCAGAACAGAUUGCCAGGCUGCGCAGUGAAUUGGAUGUUGUUCGAGGAAACACUAAAGUCAUGUCUGAGAUGUUAACAGAAAUGGUACCUGGACAGGAGGACUCGUCUGACCUGGAGUUGCUGCAGGAGCUGAACAGGACCUGCCGGGCCAUGCAGCAGCGCAUCGUGGAGCUCAUCUCCCGCGUGUCCAACGAGGAGGUCACGGAGGAGCUGCUGCAUGUCAACGACGACCUCAACAACGUCUUCCUCCGCUACGAGAGGUUUGAACGGUACAGAUCGGGCCGAUCACUUCACAAUGCCAGUAAUGGAGUGCUGACCGAAGUGACUGAAGACAACUUAAUAGACCUGGGGCCAGGGUCACCAGCUGUGGUGAGCCCAAUGGUGGGGAGCACAGCACCCCCAUCUUCUCUCUCCUCCCAGCUUGCAGGCUUGGACUUGGGGACAGACAGCGUCAGUGGCACCCUGAGUUCACUCCAGCAGUGUAAUCCCCGUGAUGGCUUUGACAUGUUUGCACAGACAAAAGAGAACUCUUCAGCCGAGCAACGCAAGACGGUGACCCAUGAGGAUCCCCAGGUUGUUGGAGGACUCAGUUCUGCACUGGACAGUCGAAAACAGAGCUCAGAAGGGAUCCCCGUUGCGCAGCCCUCUGUCAUGGACGACAUUGAGGUGUGGCUCAGGAUGGACCUGAAGGGCGAUGACCUGGACGAGGGCGUCACAAGUGAAGAGUUUGAUAAAUUCCUUGAAGAAAGAGCCAAAGCUGCUGAAAUGGUUCCUGACCUCCCCUCACCCCCCACGGAGGCUCCUGCCCCAGCCUCAAACCCUUCUGGCCGGAAGAAGCCAGAGCGCUCAGAGGAUGCCCUCUUCGCCUUGUGAGCAGUUUGCCUCCCCAGAUGGUGGGUCACCACUCACUCCCCACGGACACCAGGCACUGGUCAUUCCUCCCAUCCCCAACCCCCAUGCAGCCUGCACACCUGUCUCCAUGGAAAUGCCACCAUGUCUGCUCCCAGGCCUCCCACUAGUCAGGAUCAGCUACAGGCACCUUUUUCCCUCCAGAUGGUGGGAUGGCCAGAGGUCACUUCCCUCCCCUGAUGGGCCCCCUCUGGAAGAGCAGGCAGAGUGGCCUAGCCCAGGCAGGGUAGUCCCUUCGCACUGUGUCUUGAGCAGAGUCUUUCCUUCAGCCACCUACCUACAGAAAAGGGGCAGCCUCAGCCCCCCUCGUACCCUCCCACCCCCCAGCAUGCUUGCUCCCUGUGUCCCUCUCUUCCAGGAGGGCCUUUGUGCUACUGCCUCUAGCAGAACAGGGCGCAGUUGUCCCCCAGCCUGGUUUUCCUUGGACUCUGCGUCACCUUGUGGCGCUUGGUGUAGCAGCACUUUAGAAGGCUCUGUGGGUGCCCACGGGGAGAGGGGUCUCUUACCUUCUCGAGCUUCUGUCUGUGACUUAGCUGCUAGCCCAGGCCCCACACCGGACCUGGCUCAGCAGCAGAGUCUGGGACUAAGGGCCCUGCCGGCUCCUGGCAUAGGCACAGGGCCACACAUGGUUGGGAGGGCAGUAGGUGCACUAUUGAGGUAACACUACCACAUCCCAGGCUCCCCACGCACUCUCUACACACUCACACUGCACAGCUGGCCCUGGUUCAUGGAGGGGCUUACAUGGGGAGGGUGUUUUGGUUUUCUAGGAGUGUCAUGAGGCUUGCUAAUGUGCCACAUGCAGGCUUUGGUCUGGCCUGUGGUAGCCUCACACUUCUACCUCCAGGGCCCAGCAGCAGACAACUUUGCACUGUGCUUGGAGGUUCUACUGACUGAAUGGCCAGACUGACACUAUGACCACUGAACUCCUCCCUACCAGGGGUUCUGUGCUCCUCCCACAGACUUUCCUGACAGCCUGACCAUGUCCCACCUCAGAUGGCCCCCAGUCACCAAUUUGCACCCUCUCCCCAAGGCAACCUUGAAGGCCGACAGAGCCUGGGGCUGAGCAGAUGGAGGCUGGUGACACCUGCUUCCAUCCUAUAUCCUCACUGAUACGGUCAGCCCGUCCCACCUGACUAGAUGGCCUAGAUGCUGCAGGGGUCACUGCCAGAGCACCAGCCCAAGCAGGAGAAAGGGCUGGGCAUCACCUGAGCAGAGACUAAUGACAUGGUCUCUGGGGAACAUUUAGGAUGGAGACAGCAGCUGGGGGCCAUGCCAAGCACCAGCAGGAACAAUUCCAGUAGAAAGUGGGGACAUUGCCCAACCCAGAAGCCGGGGCCCAGCCUAGCUAGAAGAGUCUGUCUGGGGACUCAUCUGGCAGGACUGGCUGGCGAUGUUACACUCCACUUUCUCAGAGGACACCCAGGAAGCUCCUCCCCGGACCUUGGCCAGCCUGACUCCCUGGCGGUACAUGCCAUGCCUUCCACCUCAGCUCUGACCUGCAGUCAGCCUGUGCUUCUCAGCAGCAUUUCUCAAAGGCAGAGCCAUCUUGGGCUCUGGUUCCUGGUGUGGGGACAGGACCAUAUAUGGUUGGGAGGGACCACCUUAGAUGCUGAUGCUUCUGAAGACCGCUGGCUUGACGUGACUGCAGAGAAGAUGGCUGGGUGACCUAAGUGCGCCCAGAGACCCAGCUCUUUGGCAUACAGAGCCAACUUGUGGCAGAGGGCAGCAGUGCCUAGCGCCAGCCCCAGUGUCCUAUCAGGAGAGAGCCCACCUCCCUGCUAUGGAAAGGGAAAUCCCACUAGGCCAGCAGCCUCAAGCUCCUAGACAGAGAAGGCUCCUGGGACAGGUGCUGCCUGGGAGCCCUAGCAAAGCUGUUCCAGUACCCACAACCAGAGCUGCCUCCAGCCUACCCAACUACAACUGGCUGGCCAGGCAUGGCCUAGAGAGGCAUGGCUGCCCCCAGGGGAAGCAGGUGGUGAUGGGCAACCAAGUGUCUCCUGCCUUCCCAGCCUAGAGUCCCCCCUCUGGCGGCUUUCAAGGCCCCUGCCCACACCUGUCCAGAGGUAGCCUGCCCCUACCAGUAGGCAGAGUGGCGCUUGAGGCCUACACAAGAAGUAGGUGCUGCCUCAGUGCCCUGGAGGGAGCACCACUCAGCCCUGGUGGGAUAUCUGUCCUGAGGCCUCUACCCUUCACCCCCUCUGGGGAGCAUAAUCCUCAGGCCACCUGGUUAGGGAAGGGGCAGAGCCCGGGUAAGAAAGCUAUUGUUAGAAAUCACAGAUACAGUAUGUACUUAAUUACACUAAAUUAUUUCUGGGAUUCCUCAUAAGCACUAAUUAUACCUGAUUAGAGGUUAAAA